AUGGCUUCUCAUAUCCAAACAUUGAUUGUGCUUGUUAUGGUUACUUUGGUCACAUUAUUGAUCCCUACAAAUGCACAGCUCUCUCCACAUUUCUAUGAUAAAAUAUGUCCUCAGGCAUUGCCAGUCAUAAAGUCAGUCGUUCAACAAGCAAUAAUCCGUGAGCAACGCAUCGGAGCAUCUCUUCUGCGCUUGCAUUUCCAUGAUUGCUUUGUUAAUGGCUGUGAUGGAUCAGUUCUGCUAGAUGACACCAGUAAAUUCAUUGGGGAGAAGACAGCAUUUCCUAAUAUUAAUUCAGCUAGAGGUUUUUCUGUGGUUGAUGAAAUCAAAGCAGCCGUUGACAAAGCUUGCAAACACCCUGUGGUGUCAUGCGCAGAUAUCCUAGCCAUAGCAGCUCGUGAUUCUGUAGCCAUAUUGGGAGGUCAAAACUUUUGGUACGAAGUGUUGUUGGGAAGAAGAGAUGCAAGGACCGCAAGCAAGGCUGCUGCAAAUGCCAAUCUUCCUUCUCCAACUUUCAGCUUCUCACAGCUUAUUUCUAACUUCAAUUCUCAUGGAUUGAACUUGCAAGACCUUGUAGCCCUCUCUGGUGCUCACACCAUUGGAUUUGCCAGGUGCACUACAUACCGGAACAGGAUUUACAAUGAAACCAACAUAAACCCCAACUUUGCAGCAUCUUUGAGGAAGAUAUGCCCUCGAAGUGGAGGAGAUAACAAUUUAGAACCAUUGGAUGUCACUCCUGCAAGAGUUGACUCUACAUACUAUACGGCAUUGAUGCAGAAAAAGGGCCUCUUGCAUUCUGAUCAAGAACUGUUCAAGGGACAAGGCAGUCAAAGUGAUAAAUUGGUGCAGUUAUAUGGUAGGAGCCUAUUAGCUUUUGCUAAAGACUUUAAAACUUCCAUGAUCAAGAUGGGUAACAUGAAGCCUCUUACUGGGAACCAGGGAGAGAUCAGAUGCAAUUGCAGAAGGUUCAAUUAG